AUGAAGAAGAAGGUCAGUCUUACAUCACCCCCACUUGCAGAUAAAGAAGAUGACAGUCAAAAUGGGGAAGAGAAGAAAAAAGAAAAUGCUCUGAGUGUUGGAUACUUUCAGCUGUUCCGAUUUGCCACUUGGAAAGACAUCGUGAUGAUGGUGGUGGGGAGUGUGUGUGCCCUUGUACACGGCGCAGCCUCACCGCUCAUGCUCCUCGUUUAUGGCAUGAUGACAAACACAUUUGUGGAUUAUGAGCGCGAGGUCCAAGAGCUGAAAGAUCCCAACAAGACUUGCAACAACAAUACUAUUUACUGGGUUAACGACACCGUGUAUGAAACGGAUGAAAACACCACACUCUACUGCGGAGUUAUUGUUGUUACUGCUACUCAUUUUUGUUCUCUUGGUAGGGUGGAUAUUGAAGCACAGAUGACCUUGUUUGCGUAUUACUAUGUUGGGAUUGGAUUCGGUGUUCUGAUUGUUAGUUAUUUUCAGAUUGCAUUCUGGGUGACUGCGGCUGCAAAGCAAACACAGAGAAUUCGAAAGACCUAUUUCAGAAAAGUAAUGCGAAUGGAGAUCGGAUGGUUCGACUGCAACUCUGUGGGUGAACUAAACACGAGGAUAUCUGACGAUAUCAACAAGAUUAACAGUGCCAUUGCUGAUCAGGUGUCUAUAUUUAUUGAGAGGAUCUCUACAUUUGUUUUUGGCUUCAUGGUUGGGUUCAUUGGUGGGUGGAAGCUGACUCUGGUGGUCAUAGCAGUGAGCCCUCUGAUAGGUAUAGGUGCUGGACUGAUGGCUAUGGCUGUGGCCAGACUGACAGGACGAGAGCUUAAGGCCUAUGCAAAGGCAGGGGCCGUGGCUGAUGAGGUCCUGUCAUCCAUCAGAACGGUAGCAGCUUUUGGAGGGGAGGAAAAAGAAGCUGAAAGGUAUGACAGAAACCUUGUGGAAGCUCAAAAUUGGGGAGUUAAAAAAGGAACAAUCAUAGGAGUGUUUCAGGGAUACCUGUGGUGCAUCAUUUUCCUCUGCUAUGGUCUGGCCUUUUGGUACGGAUCUAAACUGGUCAUCGACACUAAGGAGAUGACGGCUGGUACUCUUAUUCAGGUUUUCUUUGGUGUACUCAUGGCAGCAAUGAACCUUGGCCAGGCCUCACCGUGCCUGGAGGCCUUCGCUUCUGGUCGCGCUGCUGCAAAGAGUAUCUUUGAGACAAUUGACCGGGAACCGGAAAUUGAUUGUUUAUCAGAAGAAGGUCACAAAUUAGACAAAGUAAAAGGUGAUAUUGAGUUCCACAAUAUCACUUUCUACUACCCAUCCCGGCCCGACGUCAAGAUUUUAGAUAAUCUGAGCAUGCAGAUCAGAGCAGGAGAAACCACCGUAUUUGUUGGACCAAGUGGAUCUGGAAAGAGCACCACAGUCCAGCUCAUUCAAAGGUUUUAUGACCCAAAGGAAGGAACGGUGACUUUGGAUGGUCAUGACAUCCGUACUUUGAACAUCCAGUGGCUACGAUCUCUAAUUGGGAUUGUUGAGCAGGAGCCAGUGCUGUUUGCUACCACCAUUGCAGAGAACAUCCGAUUUGGUCGACCUGGAGUAACCGUGGACGACAUUAUCCAGGCGGCAAAAGAGGCUAAUGCCUACAAUUUUAUUAUGGAGCUACCACAGAAAUUUGAAACUAUGGUGGGUGAAGGUGGAGGCCAGAUGAGCGGAGGGCAGAAGCAGCGUAUUGCUAUAGCUCGUGCGCUCAUCCGAAACCCCAAGAUCCUCUUGCUGGAUAUGGCCACAUCUGCCCUGGACAAUGAAAGUGAAGCUGUAGUCCAGGAAGCACUGGAUAACGUGCGCACAGGCAGGACGACGAUUUCUAUAGCUCAUCGUCUUUCCACGAUUAGAAAUGCAGAUGUUAUUAUAGGAUUUGAGCACGGGCAGGCUGUGGAGAGAGGAACACACAGCGAGUUACUGGGGAAGCAAGGCGUCUACUUCACUCUGGUCACCCUGCAAAGCCAAGGCCAAACCAACACAACUAGUGAUGUGAUCAGUGAAGCUCCUGAAGAAGACUUUGAUCUAAAAGCAGGGGGGUUUAGCCGUGGAAGCCGUAGAUCCAAUAAAAGGAGCUCUCUGCGGCUGCGAUCUUGGAGCCAGUUGUCAAAUGACUUUGUCCCUGAUGCACUAUCAGGCAGCCUCAAGAUUGCUACGGACACGAAUAUCAAAUCAGAAAAUCAACAAAAUGAUGUGGAAGAACAUGUAGAGCCUGCUCCAGUUGCACGUAUCCUUAAGUAUAAUCAGCAGGAAUGGCCCUACAUGCUGCUUGGCUCACUGGGAGCUGCGGUCAAUGGCUCUGUCAACCCCAUAUAUGCCAUCUUGUUCAGCCAGAUUCUUGGGACUUUUGCAAUUCAGGACUUGAAUGAACAGAGGAAACAGAUCAAUGGGAUAUGUGUUCUGUUCUGCAUCGUGGCCGUGGCUAGUUUCAUUUCACAGUUUUUACAGGGAUAUUCUUUUGCUAAAUCUGGAGAGCUUCUGACGCGCCGCCUGAGAAAAGUGGGCUUCCAGGCCAUGUUGAAACAAGAGAUUGGCUGGUUUGAUAACCCUAUAAACAGUCCUGGAGCUCUGACCACCAGACUGGCCACAGAUGCAUCCAUGGUUCAGGGGGCAACGGGAUCCCAGAUUGGCAUGAUUGUUAACUCAGUGACCAGCAUAGGAGUCUCUUUCAUCAUUGCCUUCUACUUCAGCUGGAAAUUAACAUUGGUAAUUUUGUGCUUCCUGCCGCUCAUUGGGCUGUCUGGGGUAUUCCAAGCCAAGAUGCUGACAGGUUUUGCAAAUGAAGAUAAGAAGGCAAUGGAAGAAGCAGGUCAGGUAUCCAGUGAGGCUCUUGGCAACAUCAGAACCAUUGCAGGUUUGGCCAAAGAGAGCUCAUUUGUGGAUUCGUAUGAGCAGAAACUUGAAUUGCCUUAUAAGUCUGCCAAGAAGAAAGCCAACAUCUAUGGGCUCUGUUUUGGCUUUGCUCAGUGUGUCAUCUUUUUGGCUUAUGCUGCUUCAUUUAGAUACGGAGGCUUCCUGGUCAGGGCUGAGGGUCUGCAAUAUAUGUUUGUUUUUAGGGUGAUUUCAGCAGUCGUGAUCAGUGGGACAGCACUGGGCAGAGCUUCUUCGUUCACUCCAGAUUAUGCCAAAGCCAAAACUGCUGCUGCCCAGUUUUUCAAAUUGUUGGACAGAGUUCCUAAAAUCAGCAUAAGCCAGUCAGAUGGAGAGAUAUGGAAAAACUUCAGAGGAGAAAUAAAUUUCCUUAAUUGCAAAUUUACUUAUCCGACACGACCGGACACCCAGGUGUUGAAGGGCCUCCGUGUGUCUGUGAAGCCCGGGCAGACUUUGGCGUUUGUUGGGAGCAGCGGCUGCGGGAAAAGCACAAGCGUUCAACUGCUGGAGAGGUUCUAUGACCCUGAUGAAGGACAAGUGGUGAUUGAUGGCAUCCCAUCUCAUUCAGUCAAUGUGCCUUUCCUAAGAUCUCAGAUUGGGAUAGUGUCCCAGGAGCCAGUUUUGUUUGACUGCAGUAUAGCUGAGAACAUACAAUAUGGAGAUAACACCCGCAGUGUCAGCAUGGAGGAGAUUAUUGAAGCUUCUAAGAAAGCUUAUCUUCACGACUUUGUGAUGACGCUUCCUGAUAAAUAUGAGACUCAGGUUGGUGCCCAGGGGUCGCAGCUGUCAAGAGGACAGAAACAACGCAUCGCUAUUGCACGUGCUAUUGUCAGGAACCCCAAGAUCCUGCUGUUAGAUGAGGCCACGUCUGCCCUGGAUACUGAAAGUGAAAAGACCGUGCAGACUGCUCUGGAUGAGGCAAGAAAAGGACGAACCUGCAUCGUCAUCGCUCACCGGCUGUCAACCAUCCAGACUGCAGACAUCAUAGCUGUGAUGUCUCAUGGAGCUGUCAUCGAGCAAGGCACACAUGAUAAACUCAUGGCCAAGAGGGGCGCCUAUUACAAACUGGUCACAACAGGUGCUCCGAUCAGCUAGAAUUAUUUGAGCUUGUUGUAUUUACAGAGCCGUUUAAUUGCAAACUUGAA